AUGGAUACAAGUACUGGAACUGUAUUUUCAAUUAAUCUCGUUGACUUGGCUGGAAGUGAAAAUAUAUCAAAAGCUGGAAAUGAGAAAGGAAUUCGUACUCGAGAGUCAGUCAAUAUUAAUCAAUCACUUUUAACUCUUGGUCGUGUCAUUACUGCAUUAGUUGAAAGAGCUCCACACGUUCCAUAUCGUGAAUCAAAGUUGACAAGAUUAUUCCAAGAAAGUCUUGGUGGACGAACAAAGACGUCAAUUAUUGCAACGAUAUCUUGUGACAUAAAGCGAGAUUUGCUGGCUGCUCGUGAGAGAAAUGGAAUUUAUUUGCCAACGGAUUCUUACAAUGACAUGGUCUAUAAAAUGGAAAAAACUGAGAAGGAAUUACAAAAAUGA